CCCACCCCCGGUGUGCCUGCCAGCUCCCUAACCUGAUGCAUCAGAGCUGCUCCCUAGGGACUCCACCACUGAGCACCCUAGUGGUGGGGGGGGGGUCUGGGGCAGGCAAUGUUUACCCCCCUGUGGGUGCCUGGGCUUCCAGAGGCACCAAAGGGCACUGGCUUCUUGGGGGUGGGUCCAGCUGGCCUGGCACCUCCCGGAAUGACGCUGCAUGUUGGCAGGGUGAGCUCUGGCUGGGGAAACAGGGGAGCCGGUGGCUGACCUGACCCACACCAUGCUCCAUAGUCCCCCCAGCGUCGCACGUGGGCUGGAUCCGGCUCGCUGCUGAAAUCCGGGCCCAACCUGAUUCUGCUCUGUCCAGGCUGGAAGUGGGAACCUGGGCUGGAGCUGCCAGGAGGGAAGUGGGGGCUGGGGAGAGCCUGGGGCCCUUGCGUCCUGGCUGGCACCUGGGGGGCUCCCCCUCUGUUGAGCGGUUGCGGUGUGUGGCCAGGAAUCUGGAGUGGGGUCUCCCCUCGGGGGGUUUAUGGAGCGGUGUCCCUAGCUGGCUGAUGGGGAAUGGGCCCAGGCUACAGAUGGCUGGCAAUGUUAAUUCCACCCUAGCCCAGUCCCCCAAGAAACAGACAAAGGCUGGGGCUGCCGGGAUGGGAGCUGCCUGCCCCGGGGGGAUGUGGUUCACCUCCUGCGCUGGGGGUCUUUCCCCUUGGGCCUGGUCAGUGGGCUGCAGGGUUUGUUUGGCUCCAUGUGCUCAGGGGCAGGGGAGGCGGAAGCAGGAACCCAGGCUGGGGCUGGCACCGCUGCUCCCACCCCUCAAAGGCUCCAUCUCAAACAGCAGCUGGUUUGGGUCAAAUAGUUUAUUUUUAACAAAUUCCAUGAGAAAUAGCGGCUGGAGCCAGUGGCUCCUUCAGCCCUGACAUGCUGCAGUCAGAGAGGCGCUCCGGCUUGUGCAGGGCCCAGCUGGCUGGGCUCCUGCCCUCGCUUCCCGGGGUCUCCUGGGUCCCCACCCCUUGGGGCUGGGGGUCUCUGGGCUCCCCCCUCCCGUUAGGCCUGGGCCUGGCUUCCUGCACCUGGCCCAGCCAUGAGGUCCCUGGAGAUGAGUCCCUGUGCAGAGCAAGGCAGGAGUGCUGCUGUAGCAACAGCAAGGGAGCCACCCUUGGCUCCUCGGCCAGGCCCAGGGCACUGGGCCCAUGUGGAGCCGGCGGUGCCCUUCGUCCUGCAUGACUGGCGCUGCCCAUGGCAGCACUCUGCAGACCUGUCUGAGCAGCCUUCCCCAGAGCGGCAGCAGGGUGUCCCGUGUGGUGGGCUGGCUGAGGCCGCUGUGCUGCCGGGGGGUGCGGGGGAAACAGGUCCUGUUUUGCCCAGGGUUUGGAGGGUUGCUGGAGCUGAGGUCUCUGAGCUGGGUACGCUGCCCCCAAGGACGCUGGGAGCCCAGGUUCUCCACAGCCACCCGCGCCAGCUCCAACCACUCCCGAAUCUCUGCACUGUUCCCUGUCCCACCCACUAUCCAAGGUGCUGCCCCUCCCACGGGCCUACCUGCUGGGCAUGCCGUCAGAGCUCGUCUUGUGGCAGGACAGGGCGGUGGCUGCAAACGGGGGGGGACGAUAGCUGGACAUCGCUCCCAGCUAGAGCCCAACCGAAGGAAGGGACAUGUGGAUCAGAGCUUGCCGUGAGAUCGACGUCAGGAAAUGGGGCCUCCCACGCCCUGGCAUGCUGCCCUCGCCGCUCCGACAUCUCCCUCCAGCUGCUGCAGCACCCAGGAUAGGGCCCCCCGCUGCAGGCAGAGAAGCAGAGCAAACUCUGAGGCUGGAGACCACGCCGGACCUCGCUGAGCGGCGCCAGAUCCGCUCGGCCAUCCGGGAGCUGCGGCGCCAGGAGCUGGAGCGGGACGAGGAGGCUCUGGCAUCCAAGCGCUUCCGCUCGGAGCGCGGCAGCCGCCGGCAGGAGAACAAGGAGAACUGGCUGCGGUCUCAGCGGCUGGAGGAAGAGCAGCAGAAAUCCCUGGCGCUGCUCUCCGGGAAGCUCGACUCCAUCACGGACGUGGAGGAGCUGACGGCUCUGCUGCGAGGAGCCGACGAGUACGAGGAGCGCAAGCUGAUCCGGGCCGCCAUCCGCAAGCUGCGGGCCAACGAGAUUGAGGCUGCGGCUUCAGCAGGGAGAGCCCACAACAGCCGGAAAGGGGAAAAGGAGCCACUGGCCUCCAAGGGGAAGGAGAGCUCGGAUGGGGGCAGCUCGCCGGCACAGCUAGAGGACCUGGAGGAGCGGGAGCGCAUCCGGGCUCAGAUCCGGGAGCUACGCAGUGAGCAGAGGGGAGAGCCCCACAAACCAGAUGCCCAGGACCCGGCCUCGGGGACCCUGCUGCUCCUGGACCCGCUGCAUCCGCCGUGCUGCUCCUCGUCCUUGGAGCUGGAGCCGCAGCGGAGAGCCGAGCCCCCGGAGCGCAGCUCCCAGAGCCCUGAGCCCGGCCCAGGGGCAGAGCAGCCCUGCACGCAGGAGGGGGCCGGCGAGGGGCUCGGCCAGCCAGAAGCAGGGGGCAGUGGGGAGCCCAGCCAGGGCGGACCAGAGCAUCAAGAGACACCUGCUACCACGGGCGACAGCUGCCCAGUGGAGGAGACUCGCCGGAGGCUGCCCAGCGACGGGAACCAGAACAGCCAGGUCAGCAUCUGUGUCAAAAGCCAAGUGCCCGAGAAGCCGGCCAGCUCUGCCAACAAGACGACGCGAGCUGCACCCACCCAUGAUGUGCCAGGACCCCCUGCCCGCCAGGAUCUCCACCGCUACGCCCACAUGCCGUCUGCGCCGUACUCCCCGCUCCCGGCCCGCAGCACUGAGCCUGCGCGGGAGCAGCCCUUCCAGAGAGCCAACUCGGUGCGGGAGCGCGUUCGCAAGUUCACCUCGGACUCCCUGGCCCAGCCUGGUCCCAGGUCCUGCAGCCAGAAGUGGGAGAGCCCUGGCAAAGGCUCCUGGGUCCUGCAGCAGCAGCUCCUGCGUCCCCAGGGUGCCUGUGGUUCCCAGGCGGCCAGUGCCCAGCGCACAGCAGACUUACCCAGUGGUCCUCGGUGCGGACUCAGCCCGGCGCCACCAGGCCAUGCUGCCCUCCGGGGAGCCAAGGAGGGCUCAGGGGGCCCCCCAGCCAGCAGCCGUGCAGAGCACCACACCUCCUCCUCAGAGGCACAGGCUGCGAUGGCCGGGGGCCCAGCCUGCCCUAAAGAGGAGGGCAGCUCUGUGGGGAGGAGCCAGGCUGGCCAAUCACAGGGCGGCCGGCUGACGUCCCCCCAGAGGCCCAUUGAAAAUGCCGAGGGAAGCUCGUCCGGCACAGAGGAGCCUGGUGCCCAGCACGCAGCCUCUCUGCCCAGCUGCCCGGCCCAGCCCCAGCCUCCUGCCUGCGGCACCAAGGCCAGCGCCAGGGACGAGGACACCAUGAAAACGCUCUUCACCAUCGAGAUCAAGGAUGGCAGGGCCCAGCCCGUGAGCAACCGCAUCGUGGGCGUGCCAGGCAGCCAGCGGGCAGAGCUGACCCUGGGGCUGCGGAGCUCACCCAUCCGGAUCAGCAGCAGCAGCACCGCUAGCGGCACCGGCAGGGUCAGCACAGCCAGCAAGAUGGAGGCGGAGCUGGUGGAGCGGCCCCAGGUGCCGGUUCCAGAGCCGGAGCUGCCCAAUGGGAUGGAGAAGGCCCAGGCGAGGGAGCCGGAGAAGAGAAACAAGCUGAGCGCUGAGGAGCUGAGCAGGAUCGAGGAGGAGGACGUGCUGGAUAAGAUGCUGGACCAGACGUCGGACUUUGAGGAGCGCCGGCUGAUCCGCUCUGCCAUGCGGGAGCUGCGUCAGAGGAAGAGAGAAGACGGCACCAAAACCUCCCGGAUGACAACAGUGGAGUCGAGCUACACAAAGAGAUCGGACAAUGGCAGCACGUUUGUCCAGACCAAAUCCUCCUACAGCUCCUCGUCCAAGAAGGUGGGCAGCAUCUUUGACCGCGAGGACGAGAGCAGCUCGCGCCAGGGCAGUCUGGCCGCUCUGGAGCGGCGCCAGGCCGAGAAGAAGAAGGAGCUGCUGAAGGCUCAGAUUCUGCCCAAGACAUCGGCCACACAGGCGCGGAAGGCCAUGAUCGAGAAGCUGGAGAAGGAGAGCGGGAGCCCCUCAAGCCCGGCCAUGUCGCGGGUGGCCGUGCAGCGCUCCUCCAGCUUCGGCGUCCCCAACGCCAACAGCAUCAAGCAGAUGUUGCUGGACUGGUGCAGAGCGAAGACCCGGGGCUACGAGCACGUGGACAUCCAGAACUUCUCCUCCAGCUGGAGCGACGGCAUGGCCUUCUGCGCCCUCGUCCACAACUUCUUCCCCGAGGCCUUCGACUACACACAGCUGACGCCCCAGAACCGCCGCCGCAACUUUGAGGUGGCCUUCUCCUCGGCAGAGAUGCUGGUUGACUGCAUGCCCCUGGUGGAGGUGGAAGACAUGAUGAUCAUGGGGAAGAGGCCAGACUCCAAGUGCGUCUUCACCUACGUGCAGUCCCUCUACAACCACCUGCGGCGCCAUGAGUUACGCUUGCGGCAGAAAGAGUUCUAGAGCCCCCUCCCCGUCCUGCCCCUGCUGCCCUGGGCACGGCUGCAGCGUGAAUAGACUCCUGCUGCCCUCCUGCAGGGACCCAGGUGUGCAGAGGGGGGCUGCCCGCCCCCAGCAGACCUGCCCAGCCACCGGGCUGCCCUGAGGGGCCUGGGUGAGGCCGAGAGACUGGCCCUGCACUGUCUGUGCUCUGCCCCCUCUGUCCAUGCUACGAGCUCCCUCCAGCUGCUCCUCUGCCUCAUGGCAAACUGAGUCCCCAUGGUCCCGGCCUGGUCCCCCUGCCAGCUUGGCUCUCACCCCCCUGCCCUGUGCUUUAUAUAGUAUUGGUUUAAGUUAUUCAUGUUAAAGGAAUUGUUUUUAUGCUGUGCAAUACCCCCCCCCCCCCGCCCCCGGGCUGGGAGAGCCCUGUGUACGUCUCAGGCUGGCUGUGGGGCCAAGGCCCUGCCCUCUCUGGCUGUGGCCCUGGGCGCCGCCUGGUGCUGUAGACACCUGGCCCAGGGCCUUGUCGCUGGAGUUAGGUGGGCAGGUGAGGGAGCGGCCUGGGUCUCUGGAUGCAGCAUACGUGGGGGGUGGGGUUCUCUGUCCUCGGGGGGAGGUGCCCUCCAGAAGGAUGCUGCUCACGCUCCUGCUUGCAGCCCUCUCCCUUGGCAACUUCCACGCUCAGCCCUGUGCCCACCCCGGGGGGCAGUUCCCCCAUUGGCACGCUGCUGCCUGCUGCUCACCCCCACCCCCAGGAGGCACUGCCAUUGCUGGGACCUACAGCCCCUUUGCCCUGGGGAGCUGGACUGGAACCUGGUGAGGGGGUGGGCUCCUGGGGCACAGGCCCUUCCCAGUGGGGCAGCCCCCUGGGGCUUGGCUUGGUACCUCCCACUUGAUUCCCAGUCCUCCAACCUGACUCUGGGCCCUUUGCACUCAAGUGCCACUAGCCGAUUGUGUAACCAUUUCUACACCUGCAUAGACACUUGUAUCACCACCAGCCCGACAAUAAAGUUUCUGUUAUACAGGG